UUGGGCUUACUACGUAUCAGGUGUUGCGGGUGGAAAGUGAUCUGUUCUAACUGGAAAUUCAGUACGUUCCUCAAAGCUGUUGGUGGUUUAUUUUUCUCGUUGACUACUUCAGUCGUUACGACCAUGAAAUUCUUGGGAUAUAUUUGUGUAGUCUCUUUGAUUUUUGGAGUCUGCAGUGCUGGUGAUAUAUUUGAAAGUGUGCAUAAAUGUAAAUUUGGGCCCGAGUUCGAUGGAUGUAUACGCAAUGGUUUGAAUACUGUCUUACCGAUGCUUCAAAAUGGGUAUAAAGAAUAUGGAAUAGAUCCCUUGGACCCGCUUAGCAUUCCAUACGUGAAAUUUGCUCAGAAGUCAACCGGAGCUAUUCAAGUAAAACAGGAAUUUUUUGACACUCUCGUGUAUAACUUCGCAAAUCAAACGAAAUUCACCAAACUCCGGGUGGAUCUUGACAAAAAUAUGAUCGAAAUGGAACUUUUCAAUCCUUUGCUUGCACUCAAAGGAACCUACAAAACCGAAGGAAAAAUUCUUGUUCUACAAGUGAAUGGUGGUGGCAAAUACUUUCUAAACUUCCAUGACAUAACUAUUCGAUACACUUUAAAGUUCAAAACUGUCAAACGCAAUGGAAAGAACAUUUGGCAGUUUUACGAAAGCGAAGGGUUCUACAAUCCAAAGAAGUUAACUACGUAUGCAGAAGAUUUGGUCAAAGGUCAGAAGGAAAUAACAGAUCAAAUGAAUGCCGUAUUCAACGAAAACUGGAAGGAAUUGUGGCAGGAUUUUGAACCUAUCUUCUCACGAAGUGUCGGUAAAGUUGUAUUGAAUUAUCUUAAUAAAAUAUUUGCCCAUAUUCCUAUUGAUGAAACAUUCAAACCGUAGAGUAUAGGACAUGAUUUUUAAUAAGUUUUUAAUGGUGAAUAAAAUAAGCUAAUAAAUUUGUAA